GUUGUUUGUUCCUUCCUUCUCCAACUCACACAACACAUGACAAAAAAUUCAAAUUUCUGAACAACCAAAAAAAAAACAUCAUCAUCAUCACCAAACAAAAAACACUUUCAAGCUCAGAAACAUUAAAUUUCACAAAAACACAACAAAUCCUUAAAACAAAAACCACUUCCUCAACAACAACAAAAACAAAAUUUCCCAUUUUUUUUUUGGUAUCACCAUCAUAUUCAAUAUUCAUCAUCAUUCAUAAUUUUUCUCUCUCUCCUUUUUCUGAGGAGGUUGUUUUUUUUCCAACAACUUCAACCUCCUCGAAAUUAUGAAAACACGACACUUUCCUAGAUUUGGCAAAUGCAUUUCUGUAGUCUGUUUUCGAGAAUUUUAGUAUUGUCUUGAGGUUUUCAAAACCUUAUCCCUUGUUUUUUUCAAACCAUUCAAAAUAAAGAAACAAUUUUUACAUUUUUAUUUGCAUUUUCAACGUUAAAUCUCAAAUGGGUUCUUCAGUUUCUUUGUUUUACAUAAUUCUAAGGUAAAAUCACAACAUGAGUCGGUGAAAUUUUGUGAAAUCUCUAUCUGGGCAUGUCAAUUUGACCAAAAAGUUUCAAAAUUUCUUUGAGUUUUCGAGAAAAAUUUGAAAAAAAAUCAAUUUUCGUGUCUACUAAGAUGAUGUUAUCACCUUCACCAUCUUCUAUUGCAAGAAGCUCUUUAGAAGAGAUGCUUGAUUCGCUACGGCGGCGAGACGAAGAGGAGAAGCCUAAAGACCUACCGCCGGCAUUGCCAGCAAGGCCAACGUCGAGAGGCCGGUUGCCGCCGGCGAGGAGGUCUUUGCCUAAAAGUUUUAAGGUUGAUGGUGAAAAUGGAAAUGAAAUGGGGCAUAGAAGGAAGGGAAGUUUUGGAAAUAAGAAGUUGAUGUUGGAUUUGGAAUCUCCUUAUGUGGUUAUUUCAGAAGAGAACAGUGUUAUUAGUGAAGAAGCUUCACCUUGUCCCGUAUCUUCAAUUCCUGUUGAUGAUGAUUCUUCUGUUGCUUCUGUGGCUCCACCUUCUCCGGAGUUGGAGGAUGACAAUGUUUCUUAUUUCAUCAAAAAGAAACUUCAUGUUUGGUGUAGGCAACCAAGAGGGAAGUGGGGACUGGGAAGAAUACAAUCAACUUCUGGAGAACAAGCAUCAGUUUCACUCUCAAAUGGAAAUGUUAUGAAAGUGGCACGAACAGAUCUCUUGCCAGCUAAUCCUGAUAUUUUAGAGGGCGUGGAUGAUCUUAUACAGCUCAGCUAUUUGAACGAGCCCUCGGUUCUUCACAAUCUUCGGUGUAGAUAUUCUCAAGAUAUGAUUUAUAGUAAAGCUGGGCCAAUUUUAAUUGCUCUCAAUCCCUUCAAAGAUGUACAGAUUUACGGAAAUGAUUAUGUCUCUGCUUACAGGAAGAAAUCUCUUGACAGUCCUCACGUUUUCGCCAUGGUAGAUGCAGCUUAUAAUGAAAUGAUAGGAGAGGAAGUAAAUCAAUCCAUUAUCAUAAGUGGCGAGAGUGGAGCUGGGAAAACAGAAACAGCGAAAAUUGCGAUGCAAUACUUAGCUGCUCUUGGUGGUGGCAGUUGUGGGAUAGAAAAUGAAGUUCUUCAGACAAAUGUUAUACUAGAAGCUUUUGGCAAUGCAAAAACAUUUAGGAAUGACAACUCUAGCAGAUUUGGGAAGUUGAUUGAAAUUCAUUUCAGCACAACGGGAAAAAUGUGCGGGGCUAAAAUUCAAACCUUUCUAUUGGAAAAGUCAAGAGUUGUUCAACUGGCUAAUGGCGAGAGGUCUUAUCACAUAUUUUAUCAACUUUGUGCUGGAUCUUCACCUCAUCUUAAAGAGAGGCUAAAUCUUAGAGCGGCCAGCGAAUAUAAAUAUCUGAAUCAGAGUGACUGCAUGAAAAUUGAUGGCGUUGAUGAUGCUAAAAAGUUUCAUAGGCUAAAGAAAGCAUUGAAUGUCGUUCAAAUGUGCAACGAGGAUCAAGAGCGGGUCUUUAAGAUGCUUGCUGCAAUAUUAUGGUUGGGAAAUAUAUCAUUCCUAGUUAAUGAUAAUGAAAAUCACAUUGAAGUGGUGAAUGAUGAAGCUGUAACCAGUGCUGCGUCACUGAUGGGUUGCAGUUCUCAAGGACUAAUGACAGUAUUAUCUACUCAUAUAAUCCAAGCUGGCAAGGAUACUAUCACCAAAACAUUGACAUUGCGGCAGGCAAUUGAUGCAAGAGAUGCGUUAGCAAAAUUUAUCUAUGCCAGUUUGUUUGACUGGCUUGUAGAACAAGUUAAUAAAUCACUUGAAGUUGGUAAACGCCGUACUGGUAGAUCCAUAAGUAUCCUUGACAUUUACGGGUUUGAGUCAUUCCAGAAAAACAGCUUUGAACAGUUGUGCAUAAACUAUGCCAAUGAGAGGCUUCAACAACAUUUCAAUCGGCAUCUUUUUAAACUGGAGCAACAGGACUACGAAAUAGAUGGCGUUGAUAUGACCAAAGUAGAUUUCGAGGACAAUCAAGAGUGCUUGGAUCUCUUUGAGAAGAAGCCUAUAGGUCUACUCUCUCUAUUGGACGAGGAAUCAAAUUUUCCAAGGGCCACUGAUCUAACACUUGCCAACAAACUUAGACAGCAUCUGCAAGCUAAUCCUCGCUUUAAAGGGGAAUGGGGAAAGGGUUUCAGUGUUUGUCAUUAUGCAGGAGAGGUUGUGUAUGAUACAAAUGGCUUUCUAGAAAAGAACAGAGAUCCGAUGCCUUCUGAUUCUAUUCAACUACUGUCAUCAUCCAGUUGUGAACUGCUGCGGUCGUUCUCGAAAACGCUUAACCGGUCUCAGAAGCAAUCAAAUUCCCAGCACAUAGGGGCUCUGGAUUCGCAAAAGCAGAGUGUUGGCACAAAGUUCAAGGGUCAAUUAUUCAGGUUGAUGCAUCAGUUGGAGAGCACCACGCCUCACUUUAUUCGCUGUAUAAAGCCGAAUGCUAAGCAAAAUCCUGGCAUAUAUGAUGAAGAUCUUGUUCUCCAGCAGCUCAAGUGUUGUGGAGUUUUGGAGGUUGUUAGGAUUUCAAGGGCCGGGUAUCCUACUAGAAUGACACAUCAAGAUUUUGCCAGAAGGUAUGGGUUUCUGCUCUAUGAGGCCAAUACAUCUCAAGAUCCAUUGAGUGUCUCGGUUGCUGUUUUGCAACAAUUUAAUAUCCCUCCUGAAAUGUACCAAGUUGGCUUCACCAAACUGUAUCUUCGAACAGGGCAGGUUGGUGCAUUGGAGGAUAAGAGAAAAUUGGUUUUGCAGGGAGUACUCGGGGUUCAAAAAUGGGUUCGGGGUCAUCAAGCUCGCAGUCAUUACGAUAAACUUAAGAAUGGAGUGACAACUUUACAAUCAUUUGUUCGUGGAGAAAUUGCAAGAAGGAAAUAUGGUGUUAUGGUGAAGUCUUCUAUAACUAUUUCUUCUGAAAAUAUCGAGGAGAUAGAGGCUAUCAUACUACUACAAUCUGUAAUUCGUGGGUGGUUGGUUCGGAGGCAUAAUAGUAGCUUAUGUAAGUUUAAGAUACAUCCUGAGAAUGGAAAAACUAGGCGAAGGUCACGUUCGAAGAUGUCAGAUGACAAGGAUGCAUCGAAAGAUCGGAGUCAAAAUCUGCCUUCGGCUUUAGCAGAACUCCAAAGACGGGUUGUUAAGGCCGAAUCAACUAUAGAGCAAAAAGAAGAGGAAAAUGCCGAGUUGAGGGAACAACUAAAACAAUUUGAGAAAAGGUGGAUUGAAUACGAGACAAGGAUGAAAACAAUGGAGGAAAUGUGGCAACGACAAAUGUCAUCUUUGCAAAUGAGUCUUGCUGCUGCUAGAAGCAGCCUUGCUUCUGAGAAUGCAAAUGGUCAACCUUCAAGACACGAUGUUGCAUCCCCAUCACCUUUCUGUUAUGAUUCCGAGGAUGCUACAUCAAUGGGAUCUCGAACUCCUCGAACACCCGGUUGCAGCACACCUUUGAAGUAUUCUAGCAGUCUUUCCGAAAUCAAAGCAAUGAGAGAUGGCAACGGUAGUUUGGGCAAUCUGAUGAAAGAGUUUGAGCAGCGCAGUCAGACAUUCGAUGAAGAUGCAAGGGCUUUGGUCGAGGUUAGAACAACAGGGCACUCUGUGAAUCCAAAUUCCAUUGAUGAUCUGCGGAAACUCAAACACAGGUUUGAAGGAUGGAAGAAAGAAUACAAGAUGCGAUUAAAGGAAACAAAAGCUAGACUUAAAUUACGGAACUCGGAAAUGGAAAAAAGUCGGCGGAGAUGGUGGGCGAAAUUGAGUUCUAGAGCACAAUAACGUAAGAAUGUUCUCUUUGCCAAAACAAAAGUGUAUAAAACGUUAAGGAUCUUUCCUUUUUGAGGGAACAUUUUUGGAAUGUGUUACACACUUAUUGUACUUGUUGGUGAAGGGAAAAUAAAUUGUAAAUCUACCAAUUUUGUUGUUACAUGGUGGAAGUUGUGUGUAUAGUUGUAGACUUGUAGGUUUGCAUAGUUGUAUUGCAUAGUUUAGAUUUUAUGCAUUGUAAAUUUUGUUGUUACUGAAUGCUGAUGUAAUGUACAAUACCAAUUACCACCUAAGGGUAUAAAUAGUGAGUGUUCAUAUCUUCAAUGUAAGGAAUACUAAUCACAUUUGUUUGGUUUAGUAGAUAGAAAACUUAAUUAGAGGUUCAUUUUAGCUGCA